AGGGGCUAUCUCACAGAGUUGUUUCCAAAGGACAGAGAAGAGGGGAAAGCAACAGUAUUCACAGGGAGCCCAGAGGAGACCGACCUGCGCGAUUCUUUUUGGAAAGAAAACGCCGAGGACCAUCUAUUAUACUGAUAUAUUCUACUAUUCGAUAGAGCUGUAUUACACACGACCGCAAGGAUACUCUGUCCUUGGGGUGUAUCGUCGCUGAGUGAAGAGAGCGCGCAGAGGCUGCGGCUGGACAGAGGCGCGGUGGAAGCUGGGAGCGCGAGCCGCUGUGGGGCUGAUGUGCGCGGCCUGUCUCUCAGCAGCGGCCCGCUAUGGCGGAGACCAAGAUCAUCUAUCACCUCGACGAGCAGGACACUCCCUACCUCAUCAAACUACCCAUUCCCGCUGAAAGCGUCACGCUCGUCGACUUCAAAAAUGUCCUCAAUAAACCCAACUACAAAUUUUUCUUCAAAUCCAUGGACGAUGAUUUCGGGGUGGUGAAGGAGGAGAUAUCUGAUGACAAUGCCAAACUACCGUGUUUCAAUGGACGUGUUGUGUCAUGGCUGGUGUCUGCAGACGGCUCUCAUGGCUCUGAUGGCGGUUCAGUGUGCGCAGACUCUCAGGCCGAUCUGCCGCCCCCGCUGGAGAGGACAGGAGGCAUCGGAGACUCCAGACCCCCUUCCUUCCAUGCGAAUGCCGUGGGAAGUCAGGAUGACCUGGGCAAUGAUACCGAGCCUGAGGUGGGUCCAUCGCUGAGAAGAGACCGAGAGCGAGAGAGAGUCAGAGACAGAGACCGAGAGAGGGAGAGAGAGAGGCCUCGUAGGAAAGAUACACAUGACCAUGGAGGCCGGUUGAACGGUCACUCGCGGCCGGAGCGCAGGCCGGAGAUCGCCGGCUACGAGAGCUCGUCCACACUGAUGAGCAGUGAGCUGGACACCACCAGCUUCUUCGACUCAGAGGAGGAGGACUCUACUAGCAGGUUCAGCAGCUCUACGGAGCAGAGCACAUCGUCACGUCUCGUGAGACGCCAUCGCCGCCGCAGACGGAAACCCAAAGCACCCAGAAUGGAGAAGUCCUCGUCGUUCAGCAGUAUAACUGACUCCACCAUGUCUCUGAACAUCAUAACUGUCACAUUAAACAUGGAGAAGUAUAAUUUUCUGGGCAUCAGUAUAGUCGGGCAGAGUAAUGAGAGGGGCGAUGGAGGAAUCUACAUCGGCUCCAUCAUGAAGGGCGGUGCGGUGGCUGCUGACGGACGCAUUGAGCCUGGUGACAUGCUUCUGCAGGUGAACGAUAUCAACUUUGAGAACAUGAGUAAUGAUGACGCAGUGAGGGUGCUACGAGAGAUUGUCCAUAAACCUGGACCCAUCACACUGACUGUGGCCAAAUGUUGGGAUCCAAACCCUCGUAGCUGUUUCACCCUCCCACGAAGUGAGCCGAUCCGUCCCAUAGACCCUGCUGCCUGGGUGUCUCACACUGCCGCUAUGACGGGGGCGUACCCAGUGUACGGUAUGAGCCCUUCCAUGAGCACAAUCACCUCCACUAGCUCCUCCAUCACAAGCUCCAUUCCAGAGACUGAGCGGUUCGAGGAUUUCCAUCUGUCCAUCCAUAGCGACAUGGCAGCAGUAGCCAAAGCAAUGGCAUCUCCAGAGUCAGGCCUGGAGGUGCGGGACAGAAUGUGGCUAAAGAUCACCAUCCCCAAUGCCUUCAUAGGUUCAGAUGUGGUGGAUUGGAUCUAUCAUCACGUCGAGGGCUUUACUGAUAGACGGGAGGCACGCAAAUACACCAGCAACCUGCUAAAAGCUGGCUACAUACGGCACACUGUCAACAAGAUCACCUUCUCUGAACAGUGCUAUUACAUCUUUGGUGACCUGUGCGGCAAUAUGGCAAGUCUCACCUUGCAUGACCAUGAUGGUUCUAGUGGGGCAUCUGACCAGGACACUCUGGCUCCGUUGCCUCACCCUGGUGUAGCUCCCUGGCCGCUCACGUUCCCUUAUCAGUACCCGAUCCCUCACCCGUACAAUCCCCACCCUGUGCACGACCCCAGCUACAGCUUCACUGCAGGGGGCGGCAGCGCUGGCAGCCCACACAGCGAAGGCAGUCGAAGCAGUGGCUCGAAUCGAAGCGGCAGUAAAAACGACGCAAACGCAGCGGCUGGAACGCAAGAGUCUGGAGGCCGAUCCGGCAGUGGCAGCGAGUCCGAGAAAAGAGAGAAGGCUCCCAGCGAGCGCUCUGCGGCGCCCCCUAGCGAACACAGCGUGCGUAGCUCACACACCAUCCGGAGCGUCCAGAGCCUGGUGUGUGGAGCGCCCGGCCUCCCUCCACAGCCACAGACACAGCCACUCGUUACAGCAGCGCCGGGCUCUCCUCCAGACCGAGACCUGGCCUCAGUGCCGCCCGAACUCACAGCCUCGCGCCAGUCUUUCCGCAUGGCCAUGGGGAACCCCAGUGAGUUCUUCGUCGACGUCAUGUGAUGUUCUUCAGGUGACCCCGAGGGUCGACUCACAUGCUCAAGGCACUGUGAAAUCAAGAAAAAAAGAUGAGGAGGAAGACAAGAAAGAAAUGCAUUAACAUUUUAGUGGCUGAGUGUCCCUCCAAAUGUCCCUCCUGUGUCCUGUGGCUUGCACUUUCUUCAGUGAAGAAGACUGGAACAGAUCACGUAUCCCAUCAUGCCCUUUAAGGAGACUCGAUGCAGUGAUGAAGGUGAAUGCUUGCUGGUUUUUGUGUACUUUUUAUGUACUUUAGCUGCAUUUUUUAAUAUUUUGUCCUCUGACUGGUUUAUUAACCUCAAGAUAUGUUUUUCAAUCAAAUAUGAACUAAAUUAAGCAGGAGAGAAAAGCAUGAAAUGAGAAGAAAGUGGGGAUAUCUUUUACUUCUAAAUCAUCUCUUGCUUUUUAAGGAUGAACAAAUCAUUUUUAAUGAUUUUUUAAAAAGACAAACGCUAUCAAAAGAUAGAAUCUUUGGCAAUUAUUUUAUAUUUAUGGCUUUAAUUUUCUGCUAAGAAUGGUGGAGAGU